AUGGCAUCGUCAUCAUCAUCCCAAGGGACACCAACCAAUUCCCACCAGUUGCUACUGAGCAAAUUGACACCAGACUACGAGGGAAAUCAAACGUGUCAUCAAUGUUUGCGCAGCAAGGUCACUCCGUCGGCAAUGGUCGUGGCCGUUCUUCAAGACAAUCCUUCUCAAUGGUCCGCCCAAGUUUUGAUGGAAGCGCACCAGUUACUAUUGACAGAUUACAUUCCGCUUGCAGCCAAAAAUAAUAAGGAGUUUCCAACAACAACAACAACAACAACAACAACAACAACAACAACGAUGCAAGCCUUUGGCAAAUGGGGAACGGCCAUUUAUUUCAUGCAAUUCUUACUGGCAGGAAAGGAUUUAUUGCCAUCGAAUCAAGUCUUACAAAUAGCGACACAGUUGAUUCAGACCAUGGCAACGGAACUGGCCAGUAUUCCUUUGCCCUCCACUCCACAGCAGUCACGACCAUCCAGUCAGAACAGCAAAAAUAGUAGCACAACAGAAGGGAGCAAUGAGGAAGAGGAAGCAAAUUUACUCCAACAAGACGCCACCCAGUCCUUGGAUCGGCGUUUGGUUGCCUGCUAUUAUUUUCAAUCUCUAUUGAGGCUCAAUCCAUUCGCCCAGUCUCAAAUUGGAUUGGUGGCCCCACUUUGGAAGGGAAUUUGCAACGUCCACAAGGCCUGUCCUAUUGGUAUGGAGGCGUCACUUUUAGAACAAGCGAUCCAACAAGUCUUGAAAAUGCUCAAGGAGGGUUGUCCGCGACUGAUGAACACUUUGAUUAUAAUUGUUGGUUCUAACAACAGCAACAACAACAAUACUGCCAAUGUCAACUUGGUGGCAAGUUUUGUCAUGCAAGGCAAACUCAUCUCGUUCUUGGCAUUGCGGCUUGCCAAUCUCAUGGGAACCACAGCUUGUGGUGCCGGCGGUAUUGCCAAAAAGACGAGAUCGAAAGCCUACAAGCAGUUGCUGUUGUUGCAAGGCAUGUAUUUUGCGACGCAAGGUCAAGCAACAUUGCCAGCACCCAUUCAAAAAACCUGCUUCGAAAUCACCACCAAAACAACCAAGGCCUUGGUGGAAGUGAUUGUGGACUCAAAAGACGAUUGCAUCCAUAGACCAGCACUUGACGCUUUGAUUCCAAUUGCCAUGGCCACACCAAAGGAUGAAAAUGAUGCACACGCCAAACUAGCCUACAAGAGUCUUCACUUGGCUAAGGUGCAACUCGUACUUGCGAUACUGGAAAGAUUCUCCACCAAGAAUGCAGAGUGCUUGCUACAGAACAUGGACACACUCCUCGUUCUUUGCGAGUCGCUAUAUGCCAUUUUUCUUCCACAAUGCUACGGUUCGCUCUUGGAGUCAUCAUGGUGGAAAGACUGCAAGAUCGCAAAAACAGUCUUGGGGGUUUGUCUCAAGCCCAUGGCGAACGUGUUGGUGCGGAUGGACAGUGCCUUGUCUUCUUCUUCGACUUCCAACAGCAAGAAAACCCAGUUGCAUCGACUACUCAUUCGUUGGCUAGCUCCCUACCGAUCCACCGAUUCAUUGGUGUCCUUGAUGGUCAAGUUGCUCUUUGAUCCGCGCACCAAAACGGGGCUCCGAGAUAACUUGUCGGCACUCUUUGUGACCAUUCUAGCAACUUCAAACAACAGCAAUGCUCCAUUGAAAGAGAUUGUACAUUCACUAAUUGAGACAGAAGUACAGGGGAGGAUUCCCAAGGGAGAUUCCAAAAAGCGGCCGAGAAAUGAGAUGAAUUUGUCGUACAAGCACUACAGCUUUGCAGAUCUCAAGGCCAUUGCGUCCGUCCUGGUCCACAUUUCAAUAUCGUCACAAGACUGCUUGAUGGAGGCCAUGCAACAACUAGUCCAACAGCUACAGUGUGGAAAGGAAAAUCCAAAGUCGAUUCCCAGAAUCGCCAAAGUCGAAUGGUCCUGCAUGGUCCUGGCAUUGAUGCGAGGAACGCUCUUGGGGGACGCCGACAAAUUCCAAUCCAAAAUGGGCAUGAGUUUGUUCGAGUUUCAACGGCGGAUCAUCUUGGUCGCGACAAUGACGAAGCAAAGUACUACACAAGGAAACAAACAUCGAGCCAUAAUCAAGCACUGCAUGCUUUGUUCGGCGGUGAUACGGUUCUCCACACAUGUGUGCAAUGGACUGUAUCAAAAUCGAGAAGGAGCGGCCCGACUGGUUCCAAUCCAAGACCUUUGUCGAUUGCUGAAGCAUUGCACUAGCACUGCAUUUCUUUCAAAUUAUUUCUCAUCGUUCGAUCCAUCGCAACAGUGUCAAUCAUUGGUUCUCUUUGAUGCGAUCCGUUUGCUAGAAGCUAUUGGGUUUGCCAUACCACCAGGGUGUCCAACAACAGUUCUUGAUACUGUGACGGAAAUCUUUGUGCGAUUGCUUUCGCAAAACAAUUGGGCCAUUGUAUCACACACGAUUGGUUCUCUAGUAUGCUUUGGACAACGGUUGGACAAGGCACAUCAACAAAUCUUGCCAUCGUGUCUCCCAGCAGCACGACAAUCACUAUUCCGGAGACGGAUGCUGUCUAAUCGAGGCCAAAUACACUACAGACAGUAUGGCAAUAAUGAUUUGGUUUCUUUGAACAUCGGACGAACACUCUUGAGUGGGCACUGUGAGAAGAGGGAGAUCGGGAAAAGCAUCUUCCCAGCGACUUCUAGAAUGGACAUUGCACAAGGAUCCUACUUUCUCAAAAUGUCUACUCAAGAAGGACGCCAUGCGUGGGUUAUCUUUGAACCUGGGCCAGAAUCCAUCCAAGACAUCAAAUAUAUGAAUGGCUUGGAGGAGGAGGACGAUGCGCCUGAGGAUAUUCAAAAGCUGAAACGAGCAUUGGUAGUAGAAAAUGGGGGUUUGAAGUGUUUGCUUCAAUCCCUUUAG